AUGCUGCCGUCGUCGGAUUCCUCUGCUCAGGAAACGAGCUACAUCAUGAGAGACGAAGCCGACGCUACGUUAGUCGGCAAGCAUUGCCAAUACGAAUACUGCAAUCAACUCGACUUCCUGCCCUUCCUUUGCCAGUCCUGCAGCAAGACCUUUUGCCUAGAUCAUAGAACAGAGUCAUCACACAAAUGCGCAAACCCCGGAGCGUGGGCGGAAUGGAAGAGACAGGUCAACUUGGCCAAGCCAUCUAUUGGCCAAGGCAAGCCUUUACGGGAUACGGUAUCCGAAAAGCCCUGCGCGUCGCCAGAAUGCAAGACCGUCGUGGGCACGUCUUUGACCCCCGGGGUGCACUGCGACUCCUGCAAUCGCGACUACUGCUUGAAGCACAGAUUAAAGGAGGAUCACAACUGCAAGAAUUUGGUACCCGUCGGCGCCCGGCCGAUGCAGAUCGACGUCGCGCAAAAGACCCGCUCGGCGCUUGACAGGCUGAGAGCUUGGAGUUCAGCCAAGAAGGAACAGGCCGGCAGGGCGCUACCGAAACCAAAACCUAGCUCUGCUGCGGCUAGAGUAGUGGCCACCAAGAAGCUCAAAGAGACGGCAAGGGGCGACAAGAAAAUCGCAGAGGAGAAGCGCAUCUAUCUGUACGUUGAGGCUGAGGCAGAAACGGCCAAAGCCAAACUGCCCAAGGGCGAUUUCUUCUUCUCCAAAGACUGGGUCGUCGGUCGCCUGCUGGACCAGGCAGCAACUGGUUUGCAGGUCCAAAAUGUGAACAACCAGAGCUCCCAUGAGAAGGACAAGCUCCGUGUAUUUCAUGUGGAGGGAGGGAGAAUUUUGGAUUACGGCGAAAAGAUUGGAUCAGUAUUGCAGAGCGGGAACACUGUUGUCUUGCUGAGGGGCGUAGGACCGCCGGCUGACCUGAUAGAAGUGUGA